GGCUCCGCGCCGCUCAGCCCGGGCGGGCGGGGGUGUCAUUUCCUCCGCCGUGCGGGGCCGGGCCGGGCCGGGCCGGGAUGGGGGGGUAGCAGCAGCGAUAGCGGCCAUGGAGCGGGCCGAGGGCCGGCCCGGCGCCCCCCAGUACGUGCAUGUGCAGCUGCAGGGGGGCGCGCCCUGGGGCUUCACGCUGCGCGGCGGGCUGGAGCACGGCGAGCCCCUCAUCGUCUCCAAGGUGGAGGACGGGGGCAAGGCCGCGCUGUCCCGCCGGCUGCAGCCGGGCGAUGAGCUGGUGAACAUCAGCGGGACGCCGCUGUAUGGGUCCCGCCAGGAGGCCCUGAUCCUCAUCAAGGGCUCCUACCGUACCCUGAAGAUGAUCGUCCGCAGGAAGGAGAGGCAGGGCUGGGCCCUGCAGUCGUGUCCAUCACCCCCCCCCGCCCCGACCUGCAUCCACUCCCUGGCUGCAUCCCGACCGGGCUCCAGCUCCAGCAGCACCCAGGGGCUGGAGCAGCGCAGGGCACAGGGGCCACGGGGCUGUGCUGGGGCUCAGCAUCAUCCAUGGAGGAGCGUGCCCGUCCUCCGGCCCCAUUCCUGGCACGUGGCCAAGCUCGCCGAAAGCCGCCCCGACGCCCCUGCCAUGCACUGCCCCGCUGACGCCUUCAGCCUCUCCUGGCCCUCAGGGUGUGAUGUCAGCACCGACCGGAGCAGCUCCAUCGGGAGCAUGGAGAGCCUGGACCAGCCCGGCCAGGCCUACUAUGAAGGGGACCCCUCACCCGUUGACCAGGGCAUGUACCACAGCAAGCGGGACUCAGCGUACAGCUCCUUCUCUGCCAGCUCCAUCGCCUCUGACUGCGCCCUCUCCCUCCGCCCCGAGGAGGCCACCUCUGUCGACUCUGCCCUCCCAGGCCCCUGCAAGCCCCCUGACGGGCGCUACCUGACCACUGGCACUGAGCCACCCGCCAGCCGGCAUCCCGACGCCUGGCGAGCGCCUGUGCCCCCCCAGCCCCCUGUCAGGAGGGACAGCCUGCGGGCAGCCCCGGCUGGCGGAGGGGAUAGGCGCCGGGCGUCAGCGUCGGCGGACAUGCUGCAUGCCAAGGGCCGGUGGAUCUCCGACACCUUCCUCUGCCAGCGGGAUGGGGAGAUGGAGGCGGUGGGCAGGAGGACGCCGGCACCGCACCCCAUGAAGGACCGUCUCUCUGCCGACCAGUAUUACAUGCUGAGCUCCCACCCGGACCGGUGCCCGGCCGAGCCACUCCUGGGGGAAAGCACAGAGCCUGGCGAUCGGCUGUACCCGGAAGGUGGUGUGCACAGAGUGCCGGAUGCCGUGGCAGCAGGUGACGACCCGUUGCUGUCCCCUCUCAAGGGCCACGCACCGCACCGGCACAGUGCUCCCGAGCAGCUGCUGGCCUCCCAGCUCCGCUCCCUCCAGGUGGGCACUGGUAGUGGGCGAGCCUCGCCGGCCCCCGAUGGGCACCGCUGGACCCUCUCCCCGCUGCACCCUGAGGACAGCCGGCCGGGGGCUGCAGGGGCCACCCAGGACCCCCCCCUCUGCCCAGAGCCAUGCUGCCGCCUGCUGCCUUGCCGCUGCUGCCCCGACCUGCAGCGAGCCUGUGGGCCAGACAGGCAGGGGGCCAGCCCAGCGCGCAGCACCGAGGGGCCGGUGCAGGAGGAGAGCCGGGCGGGGGGUCGGCGGGCUGGGGGUCCUCCCCACCGCUCCGCUCAGAUGCGCCGCCGCAGCGACCGCUUCGCCACCAGCCUGCGCAAUGAGAUCCAGCGACGCAAGGCCCAGCUGCAGAAGAGCAGGGGUCCCGGCGCCCCGCCGCCUGGUGAGGAGCCGGUGGAGGAGGCGGAGGAGUCCCCCGAGGGCAGCGUGCCGGCAGAGGGACCCCGUGCCCCCGCUGAGCGUCUCAGCCCCACGCCAAGCGAGGAUGGCAGGAACCCCGGCCGCUCAGGGGACCGGGGCAUCCCCACCCCUGACCCGCUGCCAGUCCCCAAAGGGCCCCCAUCCCCCGAGCAGGUGAUGCCAACAGGCCGGGGCCGCUGGCGCUGGUCCCCGGAGCGCAAGCUGCAGCCGCAGCGUUCGCCCAGCCCCCGUGAGCUGGAGGGCUAUGGCCAGGGGCCGGUGGACCCCAGCUCUCCGCCACAGGGCAGCGAUGAGGCUGUCCUCCUGCCCUUCGCCGACCGCCGCCGGUUCUUCGAGGAGAGCAGCCGGCCAGCACCGCCCCGGCAUGGCAAGCCCCCGGUGGGUGAUCCUGGUGCUUUCCAGCCCCCCGGCCCUGAGCGCCGGGACGCUCGCCGCCUCUCCGUGGACCAGCCGUACGGCCCGCCCUCGCCUGGCCGCCCUGGCUCUGCUGGCCCCUACGCCGAGUGCUGCCGGGAGCAGCCCCCCUGCUACAAGCCGCUGGGGAGGCCAGGGGAGCUGGAGUACCUGCGGGGCUUGUCCUACCCUUACGGGGUUCCCCUGCGCCCUGAGCCCUGCCGCUACUGUGGGGGGGACCUGUGCCCCCUGCCGCUGCCCCGUGGCCACGCCUGCCGCUGCCACCCCCAGCCCUGGGCGCGCUGCCCUGACUGCUGCUGCCCGGCCCCCCGCCCUGGGCGGGAGGAGAGCGACGCCUGGCCCCCCCGGAGAGCUUUUGCCCCGGAAUUUCCUCUGGAUGAGUGGGAACCACCUGCGAUAACGAGGAAAGCCAGCCAGUCCAUCAGCGAGCUCUCCCGCUAUCAACCGGGCUUCCCAAGGCUCGGCCCCUUCCACCCCUGCUUUGAGACCGCCGAGCCGGAGUGGCCGUCCUGCUACCGGGCCACAUCCACGCACGAUCUCUCGUGGGAUGGCGACCGCCUGGCCCGCUCCCCCGAGAGCCCCCCGGACCCCCUGCACCGCCCGCUGCGGGGCAGGGCCUUCUCCGAGAGCCACCUCAACCUGGAGCCUGUCAGCCCCCGGGGCCGCAACCAGAGGGACCUUGACCGGAGGGACCUUCUCCGUGCCAAGCUGGAUCCCCCUGGCGUUCCCAAAAAGAAGGGCCCUCCACCUCCCCGCCCACCUCCCCCCAACUGGGAGAAGUACAGGCAGCGCCGCACAUCCCAGCACCUACGGAAUGGUUCCGGGCACGGCUCUGCCUUCACCACCGCCCCCGUGCCGACCCGCAGCAUUGCUGAGGCUGUGCGCGAGCGGUCACAGAGCCUCACUGGCGAGCAGGGGGGCCGGUCCCGGGGGCAUGCUGCUCGCCCCCCCGCCCCACUGGGUGCUUGGCCCCGAUCCGACCCCUCCGGAUCACUCCGCAGGACGUCCGAGCCUGAUCCUGGCACUGCUGAUAUUUGCAGGGCAGUGGGGGCCGGGGAGGAGCGGCCGAAGGUGAAGCACCCCUGGGAGAUGGAGGAGCAGCCCCAAAGGCUCGGUCGGAACCAGGAGCGGGGCUGGGCCGGCCCCCGCGGGGUGGGUGAGUGCUCCCUGCCCCUGCAUGGUGGCCCUGGCCCCGCCACCCCGGAGGCACCCAAGCCCAGCCCCGGAGCAGCGGAGGGGGCAAGCUGCCAGGGGGGUCAGCCCCAGCCCUGCCGCGUGGACUCGGAGGAGCUGCUGUGGGACGUGGCGGGCAGGGACCGCUCCCUGGCCAGCAUCCUGGCCCCCUUGGCCCCCUUCGGCACCACCACCGAGCUGAUGGGUGAGCUGCUGGUGGUGGGGGAGCGGCAGGCCUGGCAGGAGCGUUUCCAGCAGGACUGGCGCCUGGAGGCCCUGGCGCAGGACAGGCAGGGCUUCGAGCCCAUCUCGCCGCCCCCCGGGAGCACUGCCAGCUCCACCUCCUACCCAGCAUAUUAUGGCGUGGCAGCGGGCAAAGCUGAGCCGCUUGGCAAGGUGAAGGAGCUGCCAGAGGUGGUGGAGGGGAGCUCGGAGGAUGAGGAGGAGGAGGUGGACCACGAGCUGGUGGAAAAGAAGCUGCAGCUGAUCGAGAGCCUGAGCCGCAAGCUGGCGGUGCUGCGGGAGGCACAGCGGGGGCUGCAGGAGGACAUCAGUGCCAACGGGGCGCUGGGUGAGGAUGUGGCUGCCCGUCUGCAAGCCCUCUGCACCCCGGGGGAGUUCGACAAGUACCGCCUCUUUGUGGGUGACCUGGACAAGGUGGUCAACCUCCUGCUCUCCCUCUCGGGGCGCCUGGCCAGGGUGGAGACCGCCCUGGGCAGCCUGGGGCCGCACGCCCCCACCGAGGACAAGGUGGCCCUGCGGGAGAAGCAGCGGCUGCUGGUGGCGCAGCUGGAGGACGCCAAGGAGCUGAAGGAGCACGUGGGGCGGCGGGAGGAGGCGGUGGGCGCCAUGGUGGCGCGGUACCUGCCCGCCGAGCACCUCCAGGACUACCAGCACUUCGUCAAGAUGAAGUCAGCCCUCAUCGCUGAGCAGCGGGAGCUGGAGGAGAAGAUCAAGCUGGGCCAGGAGCAGCUCCGGUGUCUGCGUGAGAGCCUUGGCCAGGUCCCCAAAGGCUGCUAGCCCCCUGCCCGGCCUCCCCUCGGGACCCUGGCCGUGGCCCAGCUUGCUGCCAAAGCGGAUCCAGCCCCCUGGGGGCUCUCCCUGCGUCUGUCUGUCUGUCCAGCCCCUGCCUUUUAUUUAUUUUUCUGGUUUACCGAGCAGGGGAGGGGGUGCCAGCCCAGGCGCUGGCAGCAGGGGUCAUGCCACAGAGCUGCGCUGGGCUCUACAGCCACCCAGCAUCCAGUGGCCAAGCAGGACCAGAUGGACAGAUCCUGCCAGCCCCUCCCAGCCCCGGGUCUUUCUGUGCCUGUGGGAGUCCUUCCACCUUGUCCUGCACACCAGUGCCUGUCCCGCAGCUGGUGCUGCAGUGCAUGCCUUAAACACCCUCCAGGGUGCCCUGAGGCAUCCCUAUGCAGUGCCUGGAAGGGUUAAACCAUCGUUGUCCUCCAUCAUGUCUAUUUGUCCAGCUCUGUCCAUCUGUCCGGUGGGAGCUGGAGGAAUUUCGGCCCCAGCAUCCUCUUCCUCUGUAUUGUGUCCAAAACAAUGGCCCUGGCCAGCAGGUCCUUAACCCCCUCCCUGCCGGCCCAAGGCACCGAGGGGGGCCAAGACAGGUGCUGUGGACCCCUCUCCCGGGGGACACUGCAGUGGGUGCCCCGGUAUAGUGCCCUGCCAGGGGAUGGGGUGCUGGGAGCAGUAGACCAGGGUCUGUGGGUACCCCUUGCCACCAGCGCUGUGGGCAUGGGGACCACCCAGCCUCAUCCAGCCCUCGCCUCCAGCCUCUUCAUCAGCACCAGGAGGGAUUAAUAGAGGAAAAACCACACUAAGGACAAAACGGAGUACCUGUUCCCCUCCUCUGUGCUGCAGCAGCCCUAGCUAGCACUUCAGCCUCACGCUGGGUCACCCUCCUGCUGUCUGUCUGUCCCCACGGGGUGGGCAGGCGCCUUGAUGCUGAUUUUGCACAGGGGUUUCAUGCAACCAGCAGCAGCUUGGGGUGGGGCAGGGGGGAAGCAUUUUGGGGAAGCAGGAUGGUCCCCAGCACCUUUGGGGGUGGCCACAGCUAGGCAGCCCAGCCCCAGGGUGCUGGCAGCGCCCAUACCUGCCCGCUUGUCACUGCAGCAUCCUCCCUGCGUGACUGCUCCCAACAUGGACCCUCCCAGCCUCUUGAACACUCCACUCCCCACACAUACCUGGCCCUACCGUGGGAUGGUGCCUGGCAGGACUGGGGUGCCCUGCAUGCCCCCCCAUCUCAGCCACCCCCCUGUGCCUGCCCAGGGACACUGCUAGGACCAAAGACUGCACCCUUUGGGAGCUGGGGGACAUGCUGCUCUCGGGGGGGGGGCCGGCAGCCCUCAGCAGGUCACCGUGCCAGGGGAGUGUGCUGGUGCCAGUGCCUGUGCCUUGUUGCAUGCCAUUGUGCCUCUCUCACAGUAAAGAAGCAGCGGCAGCUGCACGACUGUC